AAUAGAAAUAACAGUUGUGAGCCUAAGAAGAUCUUGAACAUUCUGAUAACGCAAACGCUUCUUUCACCUCUCUCUCUCUCUCUCUCUUUCUCGCUUAGGGUUACCGUUGAGAGAGAGAGUUCUCAAUCUCUUCGACUUAGCCAUGAAUCCGGAACAGAAUCGGCGCGAAUGCGCAGUGUGCAGUGAAGCAGAGCCGUCGUUCAUCCACACCAUCAGCAAAACCGGCGUUUUGCGGCGACUCUGCACCGAUUGUUUGCUCAAGGAACAUCGUGAACUCUUUUGCCCAGUUUGUUUCAAUGACUUCAACGACGACGCCCCUUCUCCUCGUCAGGCUCGUAUCACCUGCCUCAAUUGCCCUUUAAGCACCCACCUUUUUUGCUCACCUAAGCCGCCGUCUUCCUCCGCCGCGUCUUCCUCCUCCCCCGCUCCACCACCGGCUUCUUCCUUCACAUGCCCGCCAUGUUCUGACCCCAAUUUCACCUUCUUCCCUAAAUCUCGUGUCAAUGACGACGUCCCUGCAACGCCUCUCAGUAAGGUUUCGACCUUGGCUCUUGUCGCAGCUGCCAAGAUCUCGGUGGCUAAUAUGAAUAACGCGGUGGCUCAGUUAAAGGAUGAAGCUUUCAAGAAGAUCGUAACUGCUCACACGGCCAAGCUGAAAGCUAAAGCUGCAUUGGAGAAUCUUCAGGAUCUUGUUAUUAGACAAAAGACUCAAGAGACCAUGACCCCUAGCAAGAGAAAGUCCGAUGACCGCUGAUUCUGAAUCUAUCUUUACAGCAAUUUACUGGUACGUAGGGCUUUUGUAUGAUAGAUCUCUUCUAGGGUUCCAGGAAAAGAUUACAUUUUUUUUGCGGUUAUUAGCCAAACUAUCUUGGUGUUUGAUCAAUCAAAUGUCUCACAGAGAAAGCUGGAGACUUUGAAUUAGGAUACAUUAGGGCUUUCAAUUUGUAUAAUGGUGUGUAAGACUCAGUGACAUUCGUUCAUAUUAAUGGGUUCUCAUCUUCAAUCUCUUUUA